CGUGGGAGACCAGACUGCGACGCAUUCGACAACCCGUCAUCGACGCCAGUCCUUCCCUUUCCGGUCACGACCUAUCUACAUUCUCCUCUUGCAGAUUUCCUUCUUGAAGCGACAUCACGACACUUCCGCGACUGCUCUGCUUUCACCACAUCCGCCGUUAUUAUUGCUGAGCCUUGCGCCAAGCGCCCCGUACCAACUCGUGGGACAUCAUUCCAGCUUGACACUUGUCCUAGUCGCACCGCGAAGCAGUCACGUCCGGCGCACACGCGACGACUUUUCCUCACUACCCUCUGAUGCCCUACUACGGCUCUGUGCGCUCGCCUUCGCUAAAGAAAAUGGACAACUCUCGUAUGGGCUACGGCCGCAAGCGGAUCAGCCUUGACAACAUCAUUGGCGAUCCUUUUGCGCUUGCAACAACAUCCAUUGCCAUUCUCGCGUGGAUCAUCGCAUUCAUCAGCUCCAUUGUAGCCCAGGUCACGCAAACUACGGAGCUCAAAGAGAAGGCCCCAUUCCAGUCAUUCACAUGGUGGGCGGUGGUGUAUAUGCUCUUUGAGGUCAUCGGAGUCACGGUCGUGAUUGCCGCCGAUGCUAUCCAGACAUACCACGUUGCCAUCGUCGGAUACGUCGCGUGCGGGCUCGUCCUUACCACCUCUGCCGUCAACAGCGUCAUCUACUCAUCGAUAGGCGCUCGGCAGGCUGCUUCAGCCGGCUUUAUUCUCCUUUCGGUCGUCAACGUGCUUUGGAUCUUCUACUUCGGCUCGGCCCCGAGCGCUGUCGCUCGCGCGUACAUUGACUCGUUUGCUCUUCAGAAAGAUUCCACCAUGAACCGCAACACCAUGGCCGGCGGAUACGGUGUUCGACCGCAGACUUCGACGUCCCACCAGCCACCCCAGAUGUAUACCACGUCAGCACAGCUCAACGGCUUCGAGAAUCCGUCGCCCGCAUUCAACAACAGCCGCCCAGCCAAUGCAUCGCCCGGCUUCCAGCCCCCGGUUCAGCAGUCUGCGAAGCCGACUGACCCCGAGAUCGCCGCGCCCACCGAGUACCCGUACCGUGCCAAGGCCAUCUACAGCUACGAGGCCAACCCGGAUGACGCCAACGAGAUUUCCUUCUCAAAACACGAGAUUUUGGAGAUUAGCGAUGUCAGUGGCAGGUGGUGGCAAGCGCGGAAAGAGAACGGCGACACAGGUAUUGCGCCAAGCAAUUAUUUGAUUCUGUUAUGAUUGAAGACGAAGCUCCCACAGCAUUUCGCCAAUCAUCAUAUCACGGCAUUGAAGUGAAUGGGGGGAAUGCGCCAACUUCCUUUCAAAUCGACGUACAAAAGACAUGAACGCAUAGGGCUUUCAAAGACAAAUGUCUGACGGAGUAUAC